UCAACGUCGGUCUUCCGUCUUCCCUGUCGGCUCUGAGCUGAUUUUUUCCUUCCCAAACCCUCCAAUCACCGAUCUGUCGCCAUAGACGAUAUCCGAAGCUCGCCGGCACCCCCCCCUCUCUCUGUCUCUGUGGUUGGAUUUAUGUUCUGAAGCACGAUUUUAGCUUGUGAUUCCGUUUUAGGGUUUGGGGAUCUGCAUAAAGUGUUGGAUUUCUGGGGUUCUGAGGUCGUUGUCGGCCGUCAGUCAUGGCGUCUCUGAAUGAGCUUUUGCCCCCAGCAAAGUCUGCGACUACGACUUUCUACGACCACACGAAUGAUCCGUGGUUCAAGCAGCGGUUCAGCUCCUCCGCCGAGACGGAGCAAGCCGCCGUGGUUAAACACAACCCCGUUCCUCCGUACUUGAAACGCCAGGGCUUUGUUCCUCGGAAGAUUGAGGAUUUCGGAGAUGGGGGUGCCUUCCCUGAGAUUCAUAUUGCUCAGUACCCGCUCGAUAUGGGCAGGGACAAGUCUGGCAAACCGGGACCGAAAAUCCUCCCUGUGACAGUCGAUGCCAAUGGUAACGUGGCCUAUGAUGCCAUUGUGAAGCAGAACGAGAAUGCAAAGAAGAUUGUUUACGGUCAGCACAAGGAUCUUAUUCCCAAGAUACUCAGGAACGAGGAAGACCAAGAUGAGAAUGAGGAUCUCGAGAAGGAGAUUGAGGAGACGACCCAGGAGACAAAGGCUGCCCUGGAGAAGAUUGUUAAUGUGAGGUUGAGCGCGGCGCAGCCCAAGAAUGUUCCCAAGCAGUCCUCUGACUCGAAGUUCAUCAAGUAUAAGCCUUCACAACAAUCAGCAGCAUUUAAUUCCGGAGCGAAAGAGAGAAUUAUUAGAAUGGUGGAGAUGCCCACGGACCCACUUGAGCCACCGAAGUUCAAGCACAAGAGGGUUCCAAAGGCUUCAGGGUCCCCGCCAGUGCCAGUAAUGCACUCCCCCCCUCGGCCAGUUACUGUCAAAGAUCAACAGGACUGGAAAAUCCCGCCUUGUAUUUCCAACUGGAAGAACCCGAAGGGGUAUACGAUCCCCCUUGACAAGCGUCUCGCUGCUGAUGGGAGAGGCCUCCAGGAAGUACAGAUCAAUGAUAACUUUGCGAAGCUCUCUGAGGCACUCUAUGUUGCCGAGCAGAAGGCCAGAGAGGCAGUUGCAAUGAGAUCGAAGGUUCAGAAAGAGAUGCUCAUGAAGGAGAAGGAAAGGAAGGAACAGGAGCUUCGGGCCUUGGCUCAGAAAGCAAGAUCUGAGAGGACUGGGGCUGCUCCCCCUGCUGCCAUUCCGGUACCAUCUGAGAAAGGCGGACAUGAUGAUGUUGAAAUGAGAGUGGAUUACGAGAGGGAUCGGGAGAGGGACAGAGACAGGGAGAGAGAAAGAGAUAGAGAUUACCCGAGGGAGACGAGAGAAGAGAGGGAGGAGAGGUUGCAAAGGGAGAAGAUUCGUGAGGAGAGGCGUAGGGAGAGGGAGAGGGAGAGGAGGUUGGAGGCAAAAGAUGCUGCAAUGGGCAAGAAGAGUAAGAUCACUAGGGAUCGGGAUAGAGAUAUCAGCGAGAAAGUCGCGUUGGGAAUGGCUUCAACUGGGGCUGGAAGAGGAGGAGAGGUCAUGUGUGAUCAGCGGCUCUUCAAUCAAGAGAAGGGGAUGGCCUCUGGGUUUGCUACUGAUGAUCAGUACAACGUCUAUGAUAAGGGGCUGUUCACUGCUCAGCCGACCCUUUCGACCCUUUACAGGCCAAGCAAAGAUACAGACUCUGACAUGUAUGGAGGAGAUGCUGAUGAGCAGUUGCAGAAGAUUCUGAAGACUGACAGGUUCAAGCCCGACAAGCCAUUCGCUGGUGCAUCUGAGAGGGCUGGUCCAAGGGAAAGGCCUGUCGAGUUCGAAAAGGAUGCUGAGGAGGCUGACCCGUUCGGGCUGGAUCAGUUCUUGACAGAGGUUAAGAAGGGUAAGAAGGCGAUGGAGAAGGUUGGCAGCGGAGGAACUAUGAAGGCUAGUGGUGGGUCCUCAACCCGAGACGGGUAUGAAGGAGGAUCUGGGCGAACUAGAAUAGGGUUUGAGAGAGGGCGUUGAGCUGAGCAGUCUAUAAACCGCAUCCUCGUUGUUCAAUACAGGAGCGGGUUAUACCUAAGUUAUUCCGAUAAUUAGCUUUCUAUGCACUUGCUGUACCUUGUAUGCCUUUUCUUGUGCCAUAACGAGCUUUCCAGGAACGCAUGUAUUUGAAUGGAAAUCCGACUGAUCUGUCGGUACGAUAGUUCUGCUUAAUUAGCUUUCUUUGUAGCAGAGGAAUCAAUACCAUAAAUUCCUUGUUAACCGUUAUGGAGUGAAAUAGCUUCAGGUGCGUGUGUA